AUGGCUUUCGCGCGCGGCGACACCGGGAGCGGCGGCGCUGGGAUGGGGCGGAGCGGCGCGGCGCUGCGCCUGGCGCUGGAGGGCAACAUCGCCGUGGGCAAAUCGACGUUCCUGCGGCUGCUGGGCCGCGCCUUCCCCGCCUGGCAGCGGGCGGCAGAGCCGGUGGCGCGCUGGCGGGAGGUGGCGGCGGGCGCGGCGGAGGGCGGAAAUCUCCUGCAGCGGCUGUACCGCGACCCGGCGCGCUGGGCCUUCACCUUUCAGACCUUCUCGUGCCUGGGCCGCCUGCAGACGCAGCUCGAGCGGCCGGAGGGCCCCGUGCGGGUCUCUGAGCGCUCCGUGUACAGCGACAGGUACGUGUUCGCCAAAAGCCUGUUCGAGGGCGGGCAGCUGGACGCUCUGGAGUGGGCCAUCUACCAGGAGUGGCACACGUUCCUCGUGGGGCAGCUGGGCGCGCACACCGCCCCGCACGCGUUCCUCUAUCUCCGCGCCUCCCCGCAGAGAUGCCUGGAGCGGCUGCGGUGCCGGGCGAGGCCGGAGGAGCGCGACGUGACCCUGCGGUACCUGCAGCAGCUCCACGCGCAGCACGAGCGGUGGCUGCUGGAGCGCAGCGCUGAGGUGCAUUUCGCAGAGGUGAGGCACGUCCCCGUCCUGGUGCUGGACGUCGAGGGGGACUUUGAGCACGACGCAGCUGCGCAGGACGCGCUGAUGGCACGGGUGGAGGAUUUCGUGAAGGCGCUGCGAGAUGGAGCUCCACCACAACACCCCGAGGCCAAAUGAGCCCCGUGGCCACGAGGAUGGGCACACGGCUGGCACUGCUGCUGGGCCCUGAGCUGCACUCCCUGCAGCAGCACUGUGGGUAUC